CAAGCAUAAACAAAUUUAGCGCUAAAUCUGGUGUAAGGUAUGGGGAGAACAGCUGGCGCGGGCCACGGCGCGACAGUAUAAGUGCCAGGAGGGUGGCGGGCAACAGGCAGGUGUGAGCAUGAAAGCGCGGAAAGAGGCGAUGGGGAGGCAGUGUACAGCAGAUGGGUGGAGGUGCCAGGAGGAUGGCGGGCAAUGGGCCAGUGAGAUCGCUAGGGGGUCUUUGGGUGAUGGGCAGGCGUGGGCGUACUAUUGACAUCAUGGAUGUGUCCUCACAACAAGGCUCCACCAUGAGCAUGGCAAACUUUACAAAGUACUACACGAAUGCGAAACGUGACAAACUCUACAACGUCAUUAGCCUGGAGUUCACCAAGACUAAGUUGGAGCCUCUAGUGGAGUCACCCAGUCUGGUACGUCAUUUGGAUUGGGUGGACUUGGUGUGGUCGGAAACAUUGCGCGCUUUGCAGCAGGAGGCCACCAACCGACUGGUCGACAUGAAAUAUCCCAAAGUGCAAAAGCUGGAUUCAUGCAGUUCACACUCCUGUGGAUUCGCUGGUGUUUGGUGGAAACUUUCUGCACAGUUUCAACAUAAGCGGUCAGCUUGCCGUGGCGGACAUUGAAGAAACUACUGCGGUACGUGAGCUGUGCUGUGCAUGUCUGUGAUAUCUUCUACAACUCUACCACGGCAAUGCCUUGUGUGAGCUUUCCAAGGCUUGGAGUUGUGCAUGAAGGUUUCUGUUUUGUUAUGCUCAUACGUCGUUCAUCGAUGUUGCCGUGGAACCGUGUGUGUGUAUGUGUCUCUGUCUCUCUAUGCCUCUGUCUGUGUGUGUGUGUGUGUGUGUGUGUCUCUCUCUCUCUCUCUCUCUCUCUCUCUCUCUCUCUCUCUCUCUCUCUCUCUCUCCCUCUCUCUCUCUCUCCAUCUCUCUCUCUCCAUCUCCGUACACUUCACUUUGUACCACUAUGACUCCCUCUGUGUCUUAAAAAUACAAAAUGUGGGGAAACGAUCUCCAUGUGGCCGUGGCUGUUGAAUUUAUUUUCCUGAGAACGAGAAAGUAUUCUGUCUCUGCUGCUAUGUCCUUUGUCGAUGUGAUUUCGACGUGAGCUGCGGGUCAUUCGCGUUGUUUUUAGACGUGCCAGCCAAAUAACGCGAGCUGAACUUUCGCGUCACGUCAGAAAUAACGUGAAUCUUAACCUCUCUAAUAAAAGCUCAAUAUCGAAGAUGUGUAUAUGCAAUAUUUAUGUUUGUACCAUCAUCAACAAUAAUAGAAAACAGGAUCACUGCACUUCGGAGUAUCCAAACAUAAAUAUGUAGUUAUCCUGUCAAGCAAGAUUACAUAACCCCAUGUACUCUUGUGUCAAAGCACAGGAUCUUAUUCUUACAAGGGAAGAGGCUGCACAGUACACGUAUUAUCACAAUUUAUCAGACGUAUUCGGAAUCUGUGGUGGACAAAGCCCCAUUAGACCUUGUACAGAUUAGUGCAAAGAAAAACGUGUGAUGCGUUGAUUCGCCGUACACAUGUCGUAAUAAUCACUGGUGCGUGGAACAUUGCAUCAUAAAAAUGACGUCAACUUGAAAUUCUGUGGUGACAGCAGGGUGUGCGGGAGUUUCACACUCUUCGGGGGUUAUAUACUCUAAUUUCAGAAAUUUUAGGUGCUCACUAUUUUUCAGUAUGAGGGCAAAAGGCCAGGUUAGGCGAACAGAACUUUUAGGUACAGAGAAGCAGCUCCCUAUUGGAUUACGUGUGUUAGUGUCUGUUCGGUGUAUUGAAACUUUAGGUAUGAAACAGACCCACCAAACGUACCGAAAAAAAAGUACACCAACAAUUUGUGAAAUUACAGUACUCUUGUUGUUGGGUGUUGCCGGUUGAGUGCUGUUCACGGCAGCUAUCCUAUGCCUAAAUAUGGGCUUGUAUAUUCUGAUUGUCUGAUCG